GAAACGGCUGAGCGUCCGAUCUAGAAUCCAAUCCACACACGAAAAAUCACGAGAAAGUUGACCCAAAUCCAAGUUUUUGCAGCAAGACGGCCGUGCGCUUGAAAAACAAGAAGGGAGAACGAGGGAGCGAGGAUUAUGGUCGAAAAAGACCUUAAUUCUCCUUAUAGUCGACAAUUCGCGCACGAAUCGGCGGUAAUCGACGAUUCAACGUCAGCCCAACGAGAAGUCCGCCGCACGUUGGACGUGCGCACUACACUUGCACUACACUCGCGCUACGCUCGCAGUGUACACGCACGGUGUGGAUGUAUGUGACGCAUAUCGAUAUCAUCGAUAGCGAUAUUGACGUAGACGAUCCACGAUUGACGUUUACCAGUGGCCCCACAGAGAAGUGCAGGUGGAGAUAAGCGUCGGAGGUGGUAUCGUCCCCUUGGAUAACAAGAGCUUGUUCCGCUGGUACAUACCGCAGUUUUCCCUUGAACGAAAAUUUGUGCGCCUGCAAGUCGAAGUGAUGGAUGCGUUUGGCGACAAUUUUGUCAACAAUGAGCCCGAGGUGGAUCCAGCAGCAGAGUUCCUGGCAAGGGAGCAAGAUCAGCUGGCUGGCCUGGAGGACGAUAUAACGCCGAUGGCUGUGACCCUGGCUGCUGCAGCGGCAGCUAGCCAUAGCGAUGAUGAUGUAUCUGGAAAAUUUGGGAAUCUAAAAGUUGGCCCAGGUGGCGACGCUGAAGGUAGUUUUGAAAUUGUAGACACUAUUGGACAGCCUACAGAGCUACAACCAUCAACCUUAGAGCCAGCCCCUGUCAUUCCUCUGGUAAAGGAAGAACCUGAAAAAAUCAGAAAGUGGAGGGAAGAACAGAAAGCCCGUCUCGAAGAGAAAGACGCGGAAGAAGAGAAAAAGAAGGAAGAAUGGAGAGAAGCCGCGAAGAAGGAGCUGGAAGAAUGGUACAAGCACCAUGCGGAGACUAUUGGUAAAACGAAAACCACCAACAGGGAAUCGGCCAAGAAUGCAGAGAAGCAGUUUGUCGCGGAGGCUGACGAGGUCGAGCCAGGUACCGAGUGGGAACGCAUCGCCAAGUUAUGCGAAUUCAAUCCCAAGUCGUCUCGCACUUCCAAAGACGUCUCCCGGAUGCGUUCGAUUAUCUUGCAGUUAAAACAGACACCGCCAACUCCCAUUAAUGCUUGAUUAAAUUGAAGGAUCUAUCUUCGCAAUUAGACAUCGAGGAUAUGAGUUAUGGUAAAUAAUUGAGGAAAAAGAACAAAAGCAAAUAAUAACGCACGUUGUGACUACGUCGGCGAUAUUAAUGAAAAGAAUUCAUAAAUGUUCUGUUAUAUAUAAAGUAUGUAAUAUUAUUGUGAAUAAAGGUUAUUGAUUAACAAAUA